GUUUGUUUAUAAGGUAUAGAGUUGCAUCUUGUUUUAACUUAUCUACAUACACAUGACAUAGUUAAGGAGAACAGGUGAUACAGAUCCGAGUUUGACAUCCGUUUAGGAAAUGUUAUAACCAAUACACUAGAAAAUGUUCCUUUGCAAGCACGUGAUUACAGGAAUACGAAAUAUACGCAUACUAAAAAUAUUUUAUUCCUUGUUUGCAAUUGAAAUUUUACUCCUGGUUGCAAUCUAUGCUCUUUAUGGACAACAUACAGCGUUGCUAGCAAAUUCCAUUAAUUCACAAGAGGAGGCAGAUAGUUCAAAGGAGAAAUCUUUUAAACAUAACGUACCUUUCAGACAGAAUUUCAAAUACCCAUUGGAAAUAGACAUGCUCCAAUUAUCACGAGAUAUCUAUUCAAACAACACGCGGGAAAGCGUUAAGAUAAUAAAUCCACAUCCGUUUAGCUACACAAUAUUACCAAAACAUAAAUGCAAUUUCAAAGUUCGGGGUAACUGGACAAUAAUUAUAAUAGUCAAAUCCGAUAUCCGGAAUGAAGAAAGGAGGCAAGUUAUACGAAAUACUUGGGGAAAUACAGGUAACUCGUCAGAUGUAUCAGUAGUAUUUAUGCUAGGUGUUGGAAAUGUGACUUUGUCAACCGAAGAGACAAAAUACGAGGAUAUUAUACAAGAAAAUUUUAUUGACGAUUAUAGAAACAAUACCCUUAAGACAAUAAUGGGGUUCAAUUGGGCGGUACAACAUUGCCAAACAGCUAACUAUUUGUUUUUUGUUGACGACGACUAUUUCGUUAACGUUGCUAAUUUAAUGAUAUUACCAAACCGAUGUAAAAAUAAGCAUUAUGUUUAUUUAGGAUCCAUAACGUCAAAUGCAAUACCCUACCGAGACAAAGAUUCAAAGUGGUUUAUUUCAUGGGAGGAUUAUCCGUAUGACAAAUGGCCGCCAUAUAUAAUGGGAGGAGCUUAUUUAGUGUCAAUGAAAACAGCAAGACUGUUUCAAAUUAUAUUUCCAUAUGUUAAACCAAUACACAUGGAUGAUGUAUUUCUUGGUAUAGUGUCUCAUAAACUAAAUAUAAGGCCUAUUGGUGUGCCAUCAUUUUAUAGCGGAAGGAAGAAAGGACACAGAAUCACAGGUAUCAUUGUUGCCAGUCAUGGAUAUGAAAAUUCAGUUGAUGUAUACCAUUCAUGGAAACAAUUACCAAAUAAGUAUGGAUUUAAAAACUUCAUCAAUGUAACAAAAACAGUUUUAAAACCCCAUGACUAAGGAUAUAUAGAUGUAUCUUCUUCUUCUUAAAAACAAAUACAAAAUUGAAAAAAAAAUACUAGGCUUAUGUUCAAUCGUAUUUUCACAGGGAUCAGUCAAACAAAAUUAAGCGAUUAAAGGGAGCUUCUUUAGAUAAGAAAGAUAGUUAACUAAUAAAAGAAACGAACUCAAAGGGAAAUUUAAACGGGAAGUCUCUUAUCAAACUGCGAAGUCAAAAGCUUAACAAGUUUAAGCUUUCUAAAAAGCUAUGAACUGCUUCGCGCAACACUAAUUUAGAGUUAUAUGAGUGCAUGUGGUUGUUAAAUUAGUAUUGGUCAUGUGGUAAUUUUAGAUAUUAAUUGAUAUAAAAAUGGAUGUACUUUAAGAGUGUGCGUUAUACACCCAUGCUUUUAAAAACAAAUCUUAUUGAAAAUUAAAACAAUUAUAAAUUUAGAAACUAUUCUUGAGGUGAGCCUUUCUGGAGGUGUGCAUAUAUUGACAGAAGUUAUAAAAUACAGAUAAUGCAGCUCUGUAAACAUUGUAAAGGGGCAUUGUUAAGCAAAGCAAAUCGUGCAAAUUUCAGAAUAACACAACAAUUCAACACGUAUUAAUAUUUGAUAUUUCAAUAUUGAAUUCAUCUGUGAAAUGUAUGAAUAAUAAGGGCACAUGAACUAAUGACAGUUGAUCGGAACUGAAAUACACAUAGUUAGUUUUCAGGUAUUUGAUGUCUUAUCCUGGACGAGACAAUUCUGUUAUUCUUUAUCUCAUUUAAGCCAAUAGCUGUUGAUGUAUCUCAGCCUCAUUAUAAUGCAACCAAUCAGAAGCUAUUCGUGAUGAGUAAUUUAUUCAAGAUGGCGUUUAUUUCGACUGAAACUAAUAGCUUCGCACCGUAAUGCAAACCAAAACAUUUGACAAAUAGAAAACAUCGGUCAUAUUCACGACUUCCAUCUCAUGCAAUUAAGACGAUAUCACCAUCAGAGCAUACAUUAACUCUUUGCAACCUGGAUUUGUUUGCUUUUCUUUCUCUCAAUCGAAUUGCAACUUUUGAACAGCGGUAUACUCGUUUGCUUUUAUUGAAAUAAUUUUAGUCUACCCACCAUUUGAUACAUUGCUUGAUGGAAGGUAGACUUGAUGUAUGGACUGAUGCGUUUGCAUUUAUAUGUAAUUCAUUGAUGUAAAAUGUAGAAUCACAAAAAUACUCAAUUUUGAGGAUAUUCAAAAAGUUGCUUAUCAAAUGGCAACAUCAAAAGUAAAAGACUCAAACACAAUCGAGAAUCAGAUAAAACAAGUUCUGACUUAAACAAUGCUUUGAACACAUGCAAUUUAUAAAGACUUAUUUGUAAUUACCAGCACUGGUCGAUACCUCAGAUGGUUAACUGAUAGAAACAGAGGAUAUAAUCAUCAAUUCAAAAGUCCUGUCCUGUAUUAUUAUCUUUUUUAAAGUUGUCUCAUUGCAAACAUUUGUUUAUGGUUUCUCUGAUCCUUGUUUGUUGUGUUGUCUUUUUUUUCAGCAAUUUUUGUCCAUUAUU